AUGGCCCCAAAGUUCCCAUCAGCCCCGGCUGUCCAGGUUAGCCCGGAUAUCACGAUCCAGCCGCCUCUCUCACGACGAGGCGGUGGUCCGGGCUUGGUGUUGGUUGUGUCGACGGCUGUUGACCUCAGCGAAGAUGACAAGACAUUGGACCCCCCUCCCCUGAAGAAAUGGGCUGAGGAAAGCUACGCGGUUGCCCAAGUCCUUGUGAAUGAUUCUUUUGAUGACGUUCAAGAGAAGCUCAGCACUGCUAUUGCGGAGCUGAAAAAGCUCCCGGAGCUUACUGGGGAUAAGUUCGGGCUAGUUGUAAUCCAUGACAAGGACACAGGCAAGCUGGUUGAGGCCAUCCGCUUUCACUCUGAGAUCGUGGCAUCAGUAUUUUACGGAUGUCGCCCAACCAGUGAGCCUCCUGUCCCAGCACUCGUUCACCUCGGAGCCAAAGAAGCGCCGAAAAGCGAGGUGAAAGCAACAGUAUACACCUACCCCUCAGCAACAGGCUUCUUCAAUAUUCCAGCCAGUCCCGACUACAAGGCCAGUGCAUCGUCAGUGUCGCACACGCGGUCGCUGACCUUUCUCAAGCCGCUGAUGGAUGGUCCCUACUUCGAUCUUGAGAAGAUCUGGGAGGAGCACACGUACUUUGAGUUCGCGGACCGCAGCGUCGAGGAGACGAUGGCAACGAUGGUUGACCAGCCAUAUGUCAACCAUAUCCCAGUGUUGACAGGAGGGAUUGGUCGGGCUCAUCUGACGAACUUUUAUCGUGACCACUUCAUCUUCAGUAACCCGAGAGACACAGAGCUUGAGCUGGUCAGCCGGACAGUUGGCAUUGAUCGGAUUGUAGACGAGUUUCUGCUCAACUGCACGCACGAUUGUGAGAUUGACUGGCUGAUCCCUGGGAUCCCGCCGACACACAAAAAGCUGAGCAUCCCCUUUACCAGCAUCGUCAACAUCCGCGGUGACCGGCUUUAUCAUGAGCAUAUUGCCUGGGACCAAGGGACGGUGUUGCGUCAGCUGGGUCUGCUACCGGAAUAUCUUCCGUUCCCAUAUCCCUUGCCGGAAGGCCACCGCCUGGCAUCUAGCAAACAACUUGAAUUCAGGGUACCUGUGGCCGGCGUGGAGACGGCGAAGAAGCUGACGGAUGAGAAUGCAUGCCCAUCUAAUGAGCUGCUACAAUUCACUGUGAGAGAAGCUGAGACUAGGAAUUAA